UAAAAAUGCAGGUAUGUGAGGUUUUACCGCUGUGAUCGAUUUAACGGGAGUUUUACAACAAGGAAACUUAAACAAUCAUGCCCGUUUGUAUUCAGACUCAGCUCAAGAGAAAACAGUUUUGAUAAAAUUAGCCGAAUUCGGUGAAUUAAUCUUAUCCCGCUAAAAGAUAUCGAUUCUUACGGUGACAGUCCCUUGAUGUAGAACUGCAAGUGAUAAAAGACAACUAGAACUACAACGGAUUUACAGAGAAUUUUUUUUUUUGCAAACAGAGGAAUAAUUAACUAGGAUUAUUUUAUAUUAAUUUCUGAGGAUUUAUUUCAGUUUAAAAGUGUUUACCAAGAAAAAUAUUACAUUAUGAAGGUGUUGUUUGCUUUUUUGCUUAUCAGUGGUUUAAAUGGUGUUGUUACACAAGAAAACCACUGUCAGUCCAUUCCGUUGCCACCGGAAAUUUCCUUCGAUGAAACUUCUUCACCAGGUUCUAUCCUAUUCAUUGGAGAUCAGACAAAUUCUACAACACAGAAAUGGAACUUAAGUGAUACCAAUCCACAGGUUUCAAUGGAAUUUAAAAACCAGACGUACUCUGUAUUACUGCAACAAAGCAGAGAUCUGGAUGUAAAUCCCUGUUCUCUUGCUGAGUAUCAAUUUAUACAAAGAGUGUCGUGUACAGGACCCGAUGGCUCACCAAAAGACGGAGAUCUAACGUUCAAAGUCAAUCCAGUAAACGAAUACUCCCCAAGUGCAGUCAAUCGUGAACCAGUUCAUAUAAAUGAGGGAGAUCAUCUUUCCCAAAUAUUUAUAAGGCGUAUGUUUGAUUCGUUUGAAGAUAGAGAUUGUCCGAAGGAAAACCCUGUCAUAAGCAUUUCAAAGGCUGCUGGGGAGAAUGAUGCCAGAGAUUAUUUCACGGUUAACAAUGCUACAGGUUUUUUAUAUCAAACAAAGAACUUUGAUUACGAAGAGACCAAAUUCCAGUGUGGUCUGGGACAAACAGGAGGAAUAUUAAAUAUAACUGCAAAGGACGGUCCACAUACCGUGACUACAAUCCUGACUGUUAAUUUUGUUGACGUGGAUGACACUCCUCCUGUGUUUGUCAGAUAUGGCUGCUCUACAACAUGUUAUUCUUGUGCAGUUCCAGAUUUGUCUGUUACCAUCAAUUAUUUUGAUCAGGGAAUCGUAAAAACUGAACCUAGCAGCAUAAAAGCUGUGGAUCCCGACAGCCAAACAAAUAUUACGUACAGUUUAGACGUUUACCCUGAAAAAUACAAAGACAAUAUUGAGUUUGAAAAUGGUAGUUUCAUUCUCAAUCAGUCGUUUGCAAACUUCUCCAACUUCGGUGAAUCUUCAGACUUCAGUGUGGUGGUAGUUCUGCAGGCUAUGGGAGAUAAUGGACAGAAAUCAGACAAUUUCACUUUAACCGUAAAUGUGACGGUACCCCCACCCACGACUCCCGAACAAACGACAGAACCCCAAACCACUCAACCAACCACCACAGAGGAAGUGACGUCACAACCGACGUCAUCACCUACUACCAUCUCACCUUCAACACCAACCACUAGAACGCCUUCCACAGCUCGACCCACGACAACCCCCGCCCCCACAACCCCAGCACCCAUAGAAAAAGCCAACCCAGACAAAAGUACCGACAAUAAGGUGCUGAUAAUCGUCCUGCCUAUUGUGGCAGCUCUGAUUCUUAUUAUUUUGAUCGUGGUCAUUAUUAAGAUGAGGAAGUCACAGCCGCAACAGAAAUACAACCUCGGGGAGAAGAAUGUGAACGGGGAUACUGGCCACGACGAGACGUCUACUGAGAUGGACAACCAUGCCUUCAAAGACGAAAAGGAGGGCGUCUGAUGCAGGGUGUCUUAAAAUGGCAGAAAGAUCUAACAUGUCUAACAUUACAUUGUCAUUAUAUGUUGUCAUUUUGUUACUCAAGAGUCUCAUUUUACAAUAUUAUGUAUAAUUUUGUUCAAGGUGCUUUUUAAGACUAUUUGAUUACUACAUA